UGCCUGCUGCCGUCGCCGCGGCCUCCCUCCAUCCUGGUACUUCGGAGCUCCAUCCUGGUUCCCUCAAGUGCCCGGACCCAAAACAGGAAGUCUGAGUAUGAGCACAGCUGAAGAAGAUUCUGGCACAGUGACAGUAGAAACCGUGAAUUCUGUGACUUUGACCCAAGACACUGAAGGGAAUCUUAUACUUCAUUGUCCUCAAGAAGAGGCAGAUGGAGUAGAUUCUGAAGACAGUAUUGAACCUCCACACAAAAGGCUCUGCUUAUCAUCUGAAGAUGACCAGAGUAUGGAUGACACCAGUCCGUGCAUUUCUGUUGUUGCUGUUCCAUUUUCUGAAAGUGACCAGAGCUUCGAGGUGACCAUGACUGCUACUACUGAGGUGGCUGAUAAUGAUCUUAACGAAGGAACUGUUACUCAGAUCCAGAUUCUCCAGAAUGAACAACUGGAUGAAAUCUCUUCUCUAAGCAAUGAAGAAGUAUCAGCAGUUAGUCAGGCUUGGUUUACAACCAAAGAAGAUAAGGAUUCUCUCACAAACAAAGGCCAUAAAUGGAAGCAGGGAAUGUGGUCGAAGGAAGAAAUUGACAUUUUGAUGAGUAACAUUGAGCGUUACUUAAAGGCACGUGGAAUAAAAGAUGCCACAGAAAUAAUCUUUGAGAUGUCAAAAGAUGAAAGGAAGGAUUUCUACAGGACCAUUGCAUGGGGUCUGAAUCGGCCUCUCUUUGCUGUUUAUAGACGAGUCCUCCGUAUGUACGACGACCGGAACCACGUUGGCAAAUAUACGCCUGAAGAAAUUGAAAAACUGAAGGAGCUAAGGAUUAAGCAUGGCAACGACUGGGCAACCAUAGGAGCUGCCCUUGGCAGAAGUGCUUCUUCUGUGAAAGACCGAUGCAGGCUGAUGAAGGAUACCUGCAACACAGGAAAAUGGACAGAAGAAGAAGAAAAGAGGCUGGCUGAAGUGGUCCAUGAAUUGACCAGCACGGAGCCUGGGGACAUCGUCACGCAAGGUGUGUCUUGGGCUGCUGUGGCGGAACGGGUUGGGACCAGGUCUGAGAAGCAGUGCCGCUCCAAGUGGCUGAACUACUUGAACUGGAAGCAGAGCGGAGGCACAGAAUGGACCAAGGAAGACGAAAUCAACCUUAUCCUGAGAAUAGCAGAGCUAGAAGUGUCUGAUGAAAAUGAUGUCAACUGGGAUCUGCUGGCUGAGGGCUGGAGCAGUGUACGCUCACCCCAGUGGCUUCGCAGUAAAUGGUGGACAAUUAAGAGACAGAUUGCAAACCACAAAGAUGUUACCUUUCCCGUUCUUAUAAAAGGUCUGAAGCAGCUUCAUGAGAGCCAGAAAACCACUUUGGGGCACCAGCUUUCUGAGAACAAAUCUUUACCUGGCCUGCCCAACUCUCAUCCUGCUUCUGGGGUUCAGCAUGUCCAGAUUCGAGUGGCUCGCUUGGAUGAGAAUUCCAGCAGCUCGCCAAGCCCCAUGGCAGCAUUGCAGAUCCCAGUCCAGAUUACUCAUGUCUCCUCUGCAGAUUCCCCAGUUGCUUCUGUGGACUCAGAAACUAUAACGCUGAACAGUGGAACGCUACAGACCUUUGAGAUUCUGCCUUCUUUCCACCUCCAGCCUACGGGGACUCCAGGCACUUACUUACUACAAACAAGUUCCAGCCAGGGGCUGCCUUUGACGCUGACCACCAGCCCAGCCGUGACUUUAACAGCUGGGGUUGCCCCGGCCUCCCCAGACCAGAUAAUAGUGCACGCCUUGUCCCCAGAACACUUGCUGAAUACAACGGACAACGUCACAGUGCAGUGUCAUGCACCAAGUGUCAUAAUUCGCACUGUUGCAGCAGAGGAAAUUCCGCCUCCUGUAAGCCAGGCAGAACUUACCGUUGAUUCAGAAAUUCAGCCAGUCAACCUGGUGGACCCUACUACCUCUCUGGAAGCAGAUGGUUUUCCUGAUGGUCUCCCCCGGCCCAAGGUGGCUGAUGAAGUGCAAUCUACAUACAACAAAGACAACCCCUCCAAAUUUGUGGGUGGAAGUAGUGCUGAACUCAUAAACAGGGUCACGGUGAGAGAUGAAGAAGAGGUUUUGGAUGCAGAUCUCAAAUGCCAGUCCCAUUUUGCCAACAGUUAUGUCUCAGAGGACUUGGGGUCUCCCACGGCAGAAGAACCAGUUGAGGAGUCCACCAUGGAUGAAACCGUCCUGAUAGUCCCUUCUCCCCGAGGUUUUAUCCGGACUUCAGAUGAUAUGGACAGUGAAUCAGUCUUGCCUCUAACAACACUAACAGAUCCUAUACUACAGCACCAUGGAGAAAACUCCCAUAUAAUUGGCUCCUCCUUGGACAGUCCUGAUUCAGAAGACUCAAAGGAUGUGGAGGAUCUCAUGAGCUGUCAUUGAAGAUGUCCUGUGCUGUGGCAACUGUUGGUGGUAUGGCAGUGCUGUUUGUGACCCUCCCACCAGCUGUCCCCAAAGAAAACAAGCUUUCUGCGAGAUAGCAUCGCCCUGCUUUUGCUGACCACAGAAGCAUACUGCUCGCCAGGUGGCUAGUUAGCUGAACUGUAAACCUCAUGGAAACUGUCUUCUGUUAGGCUACAUAUAACUGAUACCAAUUUGGCCAUGAUGGGAGCAUGGAUUGUUCAGGAACUUAGGGGAAUGGGGGAAGCCACUGUGCAAAAUGGGCUUUGUGAAUUUCAGGGGAAAAAAGAUCGUUGCAAUACAGUAACUCUGCUUAGCCAAAAUCGAUCUACUAUAAUGACGAAUAUGUUUGGUAGCAUAGAGAACACAAGUAGCUCUUAAGAGGGCAAUCUUCCAUGUUGCAGCCCCAGAAAGAAUCAGGCAAAAUUUUCAGAAAUCCUUUUCACUAUAGUGCAAGCUUAAUGGAAAGAGAAAUGCAGGAUGGUUAACUCUUAUGGAGUAAACUUGAAGGAUUGAGCCCCAUCUUAGUUCAGAAUUGUAUUCCUGUUAGAGCCUGAAACCACCUCCACCCUCAUAUAGCGAUGCUAUCUGGAUCAUAUCUUUGUAGAUUCUCAGCAGAAUGAGCGGCAGGUUAACCAGGUUUCUGUUUGUAUUUGAGAGCGCUCAAAAGAGACACUUAAGCUAAGCUCACAGUCCCACUUGGGUGGGAAGGAGGUGAACUUCAAACACUACAAAGAAGAGGAUGUAAAAAGUAUUUAUUGCUGUAAUUAGCUUCUUCAGAAGUUUGUCUUCUAUCUAUGGCUUUGUUACUGUAAAUGAAGUUAUAGUUAAAGAGGUUGUGUAUUUUGUUUAAUACAAGCACGGCCCAUUUUGUCUUCUGUAUCAGUAGACUGAAUUUUUAUUUAUACUGUGGUACAAACUUUUGAGUGCUGCCUUUUUUUGUACAGUGUAAUAAAAGAUGCAGGUUUUUCCCUCCCAAAGGAAAAAGCUUGUGCUAUUCUCAA